CAGACUAUGGACUACGCUGCGAAAUGUCAAUUGAUAAGUUUGGUUGAGGAAGAAGAAUGUAUUUGGAAUACAAACAUCGAUGACUACUCUCGUCUUGAUAAGAAGAAUGCCAGCUGGAACAGAAUACAUGCCGAAAUGGCACAGAAUGGAUACAGUGGAGGAUUGCUAGAGCUAAAAACACACUGGAAGAAUCUCAGGGAUCAAUGGCGAAAAAAUACAUUGACUAAGUCCAACGCAAACACCAGGCCGUGGACUUUUGAAAAACAUCUACUGUUUCUGGAAACUGCGCAGAAUGAAAUAAGCAGGACAGAGUCCGCAGUGAAAAGAUGGCUUACUACAGUUUUCGGCGACCCAAAAGAGGAAGAAAUGAGAAACUCAGCUAGGAAACGAAUGAGUGUUUCACUGAAGAAAGAACUAAUACAACUGGUCAAGGCUGAGGAAAUGUUGUGGAACACGGAGUGUAGAGACUACUUCAGACCUGACAAGAAGAAUCUUGCUUGGUCGCGAAUAUUGAGUAAAUUGCAAAAGAUGGGAUUUCGUGGCGGAAUGUUGGAAUUGAAAGCUUCAUGGAAAACUUUACGUGACUCGAAAAGAAGGAAUUCCAUACAACCCAAUAAAGGAGGUACAUGGAUGUACGAGAAAGACAUGGAAUUCAUGGAUUUACCGAUGAAGAAUGGCAGUUCAGUGCAGUUUUCUCCACACGAGGAUGACUUGAAAAGUGGUAUAGUGGAGGAUAGCCCAAAGUCAGCAACACCAGAGAACGAAGGGACUGCGGAAGAAGGAGCAAGUGCUGCAGCAUCGGAUGAAGUGAACGAUGAUUACUUCGUACCUACCGAAUUCGGACAAGAUAGUGCACUGGAGGAACCUUCUCGCAAACGAAGCUACACAGGUGGUGCAGUAUCGACAAAGAAGAAGAAGCAUGAUUCUUUGCAAGAAGGUCUUGACAUGAUCAGAGAAGUUACAGCUUCUUUGCGGGAGCGUCUGUCAGCUUCAACUAUGGAUAAAUACGACAGAUAUGGUGCUUUCAUUGCUUCAUCAUUGAGAGACAUGUCAGAACCAGCAGCAAAAAGGAAGAUGGCUGAGCUUAUGGACAUACUGCUCAAUAAUCACUGAUAGAGCUUGCUAUGUCGUUGUUUUUUAUUUUAACCAUUGCUAAUUUGUCUUAAUGACUCCCAGGCGUUCAUGGUUAUAGCUCUGCAGAUGUAAAAGCGGGUUUUAUGUUGUUAAAUUUUGUUAUCUGCUAUCAAUGAUUUUUGCGCUUUAAAGUUGCACAUUAGAAUCUGACUGUACAAUGUGAUAUGGCAACAAUGAAAGCAUUGAACAA